UCGAGUCCGACUAUUUUUAAAAGCAGAGGAGCCCUGCCCCUUCUUGGCAUGUGGUCACCCUGCCCAGUAGUGAGAGGGGAGGACGUCUCCCGUCUUGUGGAAGACGAAGAAUCCCCUCUCCCUGUCUUCACAGGCGAGCAGGCGGCAUUAAGUGACGAACGACGGGCGAGACGGCGGGGACUCUCCGGUGCCCUUCUGGGGUGAUUUAUGUUGCAGCCAAGGCUGCAGUUCCCUGGGCGGAAGCCAAGGGGGCGGGCUCGCUUCCUGCUUGCCUCCCUCCCUCCCCGCCUUGAGCCACCCCCUGCUCCUUCCCUCCCUCCCUCCACCUCUCUCUCUUUCUCCCCGCCCUCUCCUGCCUCCCUCCCUCCGUUGCUGCUGCGGCCGCUCAGGCGGGCGCUUCCAUCCUGGUACUUCGGAGCCUUCAUCCUGGUUUCUCAAGUGCCCGGACCCAAAACAGGAAAUUUGAGUAUGAGCACAGUUGAAGAAGAGUCUGACACAGUGACAGUAGAAACCGUUAAUUCUGUGACUUUGACUCAAGAUACUGACGGGAACCUUAUUCUUCACUGCCCUCAAGAUGAGGCAGAUGAAAUAGACUCCGAAGAUAGCACUGAACCACCACACAAAAGGCUUUGCUUAUCCUCUGAAGAUGAUCAGAGUAUUGAUGACACCACUCCAUGCAUUUCUGUCGUUGCAGUUCCAAUUUCAGAAAGUGAUCAGAGCUUUGAGGUGACCAUGACUGCUACCACAGAGGUGGCUGACAGUGAGAUUAAUGAAGGCACUCUUACUCAGAUCCAGAUUCUCCAGAAUGAACAACUGGAUGAAAUCUCUUCUCUAGGCAAUGAAGAAGUAUCAGCAGUUAGUCAGGCCUGGUUUACAACCAAAGAGGAUAAGGAUUCUCUAACAAACAAAGGUCAUAAAUGGAAGCAGGGAAUGUGGUCAAAAGAAGAAAUUGAUAUUUUGAUGAGUAACAUUGAACGUUAUUUAAAGGCCCGUGGAAUAAAAGAUGCCACUGAAAUAAUCUUUGAGAUGUCAAAAGAUGAAAGGAAAGACUUCUACAGGACCAUUGCAUGGGGUCUGAACCGGCCUCUCUUUGCUGUGUAUAGAAGAGUGCUUCGCAUGUAUGAUGACCGAAACCACGUUGGCAAGUACACUCCUGAAGAAAUUGACAAGCUCAAGGAGCUAAGGAUAAAGCAUGGUAAUGACUGGGCGACUAUAGGAGCUGCCCUUGGUAGAAGUGCUUCUUCAGUAAAAGACCGAUGCAGGCUGAUGAAGGACACCUGCAACACGGGAAAGUGGACAGAAGAAGAAGAAAAGAGACUAGCAGAAGUGGUACAUGAAUUAACCAGCACAGAGCCAGGUGACAUUGUCACACAAGGUGUAUCUUGGGCUUCUGUGGCAGAACGGGUUGGGACGCGGUCUGAAAAGCAGUGCCGCUCCAAAUGGCUCAACUACCUAAACUGGAAACAGAGUGGAGGCACUGAAUGGACUAAAGAAGAUGAAAUAAACCUGAUUCUUAGAAUAGCAGAGCUAGAAGUAUCUGAUGAAAAUGAUAUAAACUGGGAUCUGUUGGCUGAAGGCUGGAGCAGUGUACGCUCACCACAAUGGCUUCGCAGUAAAUGGUGGACAAUCAAGAGACAGAUUGCAAACCACAAAGAGGUUUCAUUUCCUGUUCUUAUAAAAGGUCUGAAACAGCUUCAUGAAAGCCAAAAGAACACUCCAGGGCACCAGCUUUCAGAAAACAAAUCUUUGCCUGGCUUGGCCAACACUCAUUCCAGUUCUGGAGUUCAGCAUGUGCAGAUUCGAGUGGCUCGCUUGGAUGAGAAUUCAGGCAAUUCUCCAAGCCCCAUGACAGCUUUGCAGAUUCCAGUCCAAAUUACCCAUGUGUCUUCUGCUGAUUCCCCUGCUGCUUCUGUUGAUUCUGAGACCAUAACACUAAAUAGUGGAACACUACAGACCUUUGAGAUUCUGCCAUCUUUUCACCUACAGCCUACUGGGACUCCAGGCACUUACUUGCUCCAGACAAGCUCAAGCCAGGGGCUGCCAUUGACACUGACCACCAGUCCAACUGUGACCCUGACAGCUGCCACUGCGCCAGCCUCACCAGACCAGAUCAUAGUCCACGCCUUGUCUCCAGAGCACUUGCUGAACACAAGUGACAAUGUUACCGUGCAUGCACCAAGUGUCAUAAUUCGCACUGUUGCCGCAGAAGAAAUUUCUCCCUCCGUAACUCAGGCAGAACUUACCGUUGAUUCAGACAUUCAGCCAGUGGAACUGGUGGACCCUCCAACGUCUCUUGAAACCGAUGCUUUCACAGACGACAUCCACCAACCCAAGCUGGCUGUUGAUGAACAAUCCACUUACAGUGAAGAUGACUCCAAAUUUAGUGGCAGAAAUAGCACUGAGCUCAUAGACAGAGUCAUGGUAAGACCUGAAGAAGAGAUUUUGGAUACAGACCUCAAACGUGAGGAGGAUUGUCAGUCUGACUUAACUGGCACUUAUGUUUCCGAGGACCUUGGUUCUCCAACAACAGAAGAACAAGUUGAACAGUCUGCCAUGGAUGAAACUGUCCUCAUUGUACCUUCUCCUCAUGGCUUCAUCCAGACAUCCGAUGAUAUAGACAGUGAAUCAGUCUUGCCGCUAACAACACUAUCAGAUCCUAUAUUGCAACACCAUGGAGAGAACUCUCAUAUUAUUGGCUCCUCUUUGGACAGUCCUGAUUCUGAAGGCUCCAAGGAUGUUGAAGACUUAGUGAGCUGUCACUAAAUAUGCCCCAUCUAUCACAAAACAGCUGUCUAGCUCCCAACACCUACCUGUUCAAAGCAUUCUCAGAGAGAGCUUCUUCAAUCUGCUUUUGCUGGCCAUAGAAGCAUGCUGAUAUCAUGCUUUAAAAUGGUUACACAGUCCAAGCCCCAGAUGUUUGCUUUUUAGCAGGCUGUUUGGGACUGUUACCAGGUUUUUACAGUGAGAAAAGUGGAUUUAGAUACACAGUGAAGCAACAAGUGUGAGCUUGGACACAGGAAAACUGUUUUUAUUGUGUGAUGGAUUCCUUUUUCAGGUCAAUAGCUACCGAAAGCAGAGAGUAGCAUUAAAGAGUGUCUAUUUUCCAGUUGUAUUUAGUAGUAUAACACACUACUAGUUCUAAGAGUGUGAUCUUGGCAGUUACUAAAAAAAUAUAUAUCUGUUGCUGGCAAUAGAUGUAGCCCUGGAAUUACAAGAUGAAAUUUUAAGCCCUGGAAUUAGAAAUUUUAAGUCUUCUAAUCCUUUCAUCACAACAGCCAAUUUAGAAGAAAGGUAAAUGUGUUAGCCCCUGACAGCCCUUAGGAUGCAAUAAACUUAACAUUGAUGCUAGUGCCGACACUCCUUCCACCUCUUGUUCAGAACUAUAUUACUCUGCUACAAAAGCUAAAGCCACCUCCACACCUGAAUUCAGUAUCACAGUGGUAGGGGUCAGGCAACAGUGCUGUUUACAUUAUACCUUUACAAGUGGUCUUAGCAAUGACUGUUCCUGUUCACAUGUAAAGAAACACUAAGCUGAGCUUAGAGUCUAACUGGGAUGGGAAAGAUGACAAAUCCAGAUACAAGGAGAUAUAGAUAGAUAGAUAGAUAUAUGUAAAAGUUAUUUAUUGCUGUAAUUAGCUUCCUCAGAAGUCAGUUUGUCUGUGGCUUUGUUCAUGUGAAAAAAUAAUUAACAAUGGUUGCUUAGGAAGGGAACAGAAAUAACUGUAUUCAAUUUAAAAACAAAUGAGAACAUAUUUGUUUUCUGUAACAGUAGGAUGCCUUUAUUUAUACUGUGGUACAGACAUUUGCAGUGCUGCAGUUUUUGUACAGUGUAAAAAAUGCAAUUUUUCCCCCAAAAGGGAAAAGCUCGUGCCAUUCUGAAAAACAAGUGUAUAAUUGGAAUGUUCAUUAAGUGCACUAGUAGCUCUCCCCCCACAAAAAUGCAGAAAUGACAUAUGGCAAUAUUUCACCCCACCAGAAGGAAGGACCAUUAAGUAUACAUCUGAAAACUCAAAUACCCGUUUGACCCUUAGCUGAUGAUAUCUCCUUUUAGGAUCAGUUUGAUCCAAAUGUUUGUAAGAACAUUUCCUGUGGUGGUGGCUUUAGACCAUCUUGAUGCACAUUGAAGUAUGUCCUGUAACAGUCAUUUACCCACUUCAUGGAAGUAGAGAUUGGCACAUAUACAUAACAUGAUAAUUGAAAACAAGAUGUAGUAAAUUAGAUUCCUAAAUUUGGGCUCUAGGUCUCCUUGUCGAUACCAGUAGAUCUGAGGAAAGGGAAAAAUCCUGCAUUAGAUUAGCAUUGUAAGUAGAAACUGAAGUUUAUUAAGGGCCCCUUCAAAUGCUGCCAUAGUGGUUCAGAAGUUACUUCCCCCAAUUUCUCCCUGCCACCCCAUGUUUCCACAGUACAGUAAGAAGCCCUAAGUCAAUGACCUCCAAUUAUAGAGAAAGGACAUUGCUUUAUAGCCACCCUGCAGAUGGUACCAGGCUGUGCUAGCAUGAGAAACAGCCAUGGGAAAGCAGUACCCAUGCUUCCAGCAGUAAUAGCUGAAGGGGCCCUUAAUUGCACUAUAUGGAGGAAGACUCUCUAUGAGAAACAGGGAGGUGUGCCUCUACCUGCCCCAAAGAGGACACAAUGUUUUACCAUCCUUGCACCUGAAAGAUGGUUGUGACUAAGAGGGUUGCAUAUGCUCAUUUUGGCAUAUGGCUGGUGAGGUCAUUUUGGCUGGUGAGGGAAAAUCUAGACCAGGGUUUCUUAACCUUGGGCCCCCAGAUGUUGUUGGACUGCAGCUCUCAGAAUUCCCAGCCACAAAGGCCUUGUCUGGGGAUUCUGGGAGUUGUAGUCCAACAACAUCUGGGGGCCCAAGGUUAAGAAAACCUGAUCUAGACAGUUUGAAGGCCCAGGUUUCCAGAAUUCGCCAAGUAGGAUUUUUCCUUCUCUAUACCUCAUCUUAAUUCCCUGGCCCUGCCAAACCAAAAUCAGAUUAUGCACACACACUUGUGGGACUAGAUAGUUUUCCUUGCUUUUUAAGGAUUGCUUCCCUGGGAUAACCUCCCUCAUGUGACUAUGGGCUGAAGACUCACCACUGGGAGGUUCUCUGGUCUAAAGCAUUACAAUACGGAUGGGUUUUCCCUUCUCUUUUUAACCACAGGAUGGCAUGGUUUAUUUGGCAAAGACCAAAUAAACCAGCAGCCAAAUUAAAGAACUACACAAGCAGGAUUUCUCUUUAGAAAGUUUACUAAGAAUACCUUGUAUUACUUAUACAUUAAAAACAUGAAAAUGAUCCUCCUGUCCCUAACCUUUAGACAUACAUAUUUGAUCUUUCCAGAAAUAGGCCCACAUUUACCUUUUUGUAACUUAAGUUUCUUUUCCUAAAUCUGCAGUAUUUGAGUCUGGGGGGCCAGGGUGUCCAUUUCCAUUCCUGGGAAACUACCAUAAGUAGUCAUUUUUUUAAGAUCACAGAGCAAGGGGAAAGCUUCACACGGGAGUAAAAAAGAGCCAGCCUCCUUAAUCAAGAAGUCAUCUCACUGUAUUUGCUUUUGACCACACCUGCAUGCACCCCCCCCCCAAUUGUAUUAUGUUCUGAACUAAAAGUUCCUGGCUUAUUCUUUGUAAGCUAUAUGCAGUCUCCCAUGUAGCUUGAGAAAAGGCAACAGUGCAGGUAUUCAUGAAUAAUCUUUCAGCCUGGGCUUGUGGCAAUGAGAAACAUUUUAUGUUUCUUAUAAUGAGUGACUUUUUCAGACAAGCUCCAGAGCAUAGACAGGAACCUGGGUUUGAAUUUCAUGUAUUUCAGUAGCAGUGCCUCUCACUAUUUGGCAUGCAUCAAUUCACUGCAGCGUCCCUACUAUCUCAGUGGGACUCUGUGCACAGGAGAACUUUCCAGUGGGAUUUGUCCCUUAAUGUUCUGCCUCUCCUAUAGAUCUUUGCAAUAUUCUCUCCACAACAAGUAAACAUUUGUAGAACUCUGGUUAUUCUACCCCAGGGAAGAAGACCGGAAAUCCUGUAAUUAAGAAGCUACCACUUCCAAGUAUUCUAAAUUUGAAGCAAAUUUUAUGCACUCAUUAAAAUAAUGUUUGUUAGCUAUGCAGGCUACUAAACAUCUUGUGUGUUAAAUCCUUCAGAAUUCAUCUUACUUUCCAGUGUUUUUCUGAGUAUUGUUUCUCCCCCAAAUUUGAGCAAGAACUGUUCAACAACAAGUCUUAGCACAGGAAGUGUAGCGAUACUUACAAGAAUGCCAGCCGAAACACUACACAAGGAGAUGCAGAAAGCAAAAAAUAUAUUCACCGGUUUUGGAGGUAGUUGAGGAAAGACAAAAGCACUGAUUAGAGUGACCUACAGAAAAGAAAGCAUGGAAAUAGGCAUUAUUUUCACACAGAAACCAUAGAUGGAAUCUCUUAUGUGCUUCAGAAGAUUAUCUACUUGCAGUGGUAACCAAAUGUGGAUUCAAGAUCAUAAUGAAGUAAGCCAGACAAACAUCAUGUAAAGUUUUUACAGAUACCUUCACUUCAAGUAGUUGGCUAUGAUUAAGAGGACCACAAUUUUUUAAAGUUCCUCUUAAUCUGCUAUUAUGGAUAUACCUCCUCCAUUUAAAUUUAACGUUUUUAACUUUCAUAAAACUUCAGUAGCUGCUUUUUUGGAGGCAAUUCUUAUUCUCCACAGGCAACCAUGUGACUGAUUAUUUAGAAGUCUGGGUUAUACCUAAAGUAAAGUAAAAUGUGCCCUCAAAAGCUUAACUUUCUGUAUUGUGUCAAGGGCCUCUAAACAGAAUAAAAGAUUUAGUUUGUUUCUGUUCUUUGCUCCGGCCAUCAACAGAUGGAGAGUCUGGCAUGCUGGAUGAAAACUGCAUGUUGCUAACCUCCAUACCAUCCAACAACUUUAAUAGUUUUCAGGCAAGACCUUCCAACAGCAGGCUGGAGUCAGGAUAUGUCUGUACUGCAGCUUACCACACAUUAAGCCUAUGUAAUAGUGAUGGUUCAAGGAUGCAACCCGCAUUCAGCCUUUGACCAUCUGGCUCAUUUUUAUGUUUCUCAAAAAUCAAAUGUAUGCCAUGUGUUUUGACUGCAGCAGUUUAUCCCAUGCAAAAAAGAAAGAAAGUGUUUUGGCCAGGC